AUGCAGUUAGUAUCCUGGGCCACACUGCUAACGCUCCUGGUGCCGGACCUGGUUGAAAUGAGGAGCCCCGACUCCGCGGCGGCCGUGCGCAAGGACAGGCUGCACCCGAGGCAAGUGAAAUUAUUAGAGAGUCUGAGCGAAUAUGAGAUCGCGUCUCCCAUCCGAGUGAACCCCCUCGGGGAACCCUUUCCCACGAACGUGCACUUCAAAAGAAGGCGACGAAGCAUUAACUCUGCCUCUGACCCCUGGCCUGCCUUCGCCUCCUCCUCCUCGUCUUCCUCUACCUCUUCCCAGGAGCAUUACCGCCUCAAAGCCUUCGGCCAGCAGUUUCUAUUUAAUCUCACUGCCCAUACCGGAUUUAUCGCUCCACUGUUCACUGUCACCCUCCUUGGAGAGCCAGGGGUGAACCAGACCAAACUGUAUUCCGAGGAGGAAAUGGAACUUAGGCACUGUUUCUACAAAGGCCAUGUCAAUACCAAGUCUGAGCACACUGCGGUCAUCAGCCUGUGCUCCGGAAUGAUGGGCACGUUCCGGUCUCACGAUGGAGAUUAUUUUAUUGAACCACUGCUGUCCGUGGAUGAGCAAGAGGAUGAGGAGGAACAGAACAAACCCCACGUCAUUUAUAGGCGCAGCAACCCUCAGAGGGAACCCUCCACAGGAAAGCAUGCCUGUGACACCUCAGAACUCAAAAAUAGCUACAGUAAAGACAAGAGGAAAACCAGACUGCGAAAAAGGAGAAAGAGGAAUAGCCUGGCUGAUGACGUGGCAGCGUUAAAGAGAGGCGUGGCAACAAAGGCGUUCUCUGGUUAUAACAACAGGACAAAUGGCACGAGGGACAGAAGGAACCACAAAAGAACCAAACGCUUUCUGUCCUAUCCACGGUUUGUAGAAGUGAUGGUAGUGGCUGACCACAGGAUGGUUUUAUACCAUGGAUCAAACCUUCAGCAUUAUAUUUUAACCUUAAUGUCAAUUGUAGCUUCUAUCUAUAAAGACUCAAGUAUUGGAAAUUUAAUUAAUAUUGUUAUUGUGAACUUAGUUGUGAUUCAUAAUGAACAGGAAGGACCUUCCAUAAAUUUCAAUGCCCAGACAACAUUAAAGAACUUUUGCCAGUGGCAGCAUUCCAAGAACCACUUGGGUGGGAUUCAGCAUGACACCGCUGUUCUAGUCACAAGGGAGGAUAUCUGCAGAGCUCAGGAUAAAUGCGACACCUUAGGUCUUGCCGAAUUGGGAACCAUCUGUGACCCCUACAGAAGCUGUUCCAUUAGUGAAGACAGUGGGUUGAGCACAGCGUUCACCAUAGCCCACGAGCUGGGCCAUGUGUUUAAUAUGCCUCACGAUGACAGCAAUAAAUGCAAAGAAGAAGGCGUUAAGAGCCCCCAGCAUGUCAUGGCGCCAACCCUGAACUUCUACACCAACCCCUGGAUGUGGUCCAAGUGCAGUCGGAAGUACAUCACCGAGUUCUUAGACACUGGGUAUGGAGAGUGCUUGUUAAAUGAACCUCAAUCCAGGACCUAUCCUUUGCCUUCCCAACUGCCCGGCCUUCUCUACAACGUGAAUAAACAAUGUGAACUGAUUUUUGGACCAGGCUCUCAAGUGUGCCCAUAUAUGAUGCAGUGCAGACGGCUCUGGUGCAAUAACGUGGAUGGAGCACACAAAGGCUGCAGGACUCAGCACACGCCCUGGGCAGAUGGAACCGAGUGUGAGCCUGGAAAGCACUGCAAGUUUGGAUUCUGUGUUCCCAAAGAAAUGGAGGGCCCUGCAAUUGAUGGAUCCUGGGGAAGUUGGAGUCACUUUGGGGCCUGCUCAAGAACGUGUGGAGGAGGCAUCAGAACAGCCAUCAGAGAGUGCAACAGACCAGAGCCAAAAAAUGGUGGGAGGUACUGUGUAGGGAGGAGAAUGAAGUUCAAAUCCUGCAACACCGAGCCCUGCCCGAAGCAUAAGAGAGACUUCCGUGAGGAGCAGUGUGCUUACUUUGACGGCAAGCACUUCAACAUCAAUGGCCUGCUGCCCAGCGUACGCUGGGUCCCUAAGUACAGUGGAAUUUUGAUGAAGGACCGAUGCAAGUUGUUCUGCAGAGUGGCAGGGAACACAGCCUACUACCAGCUUCGAGACAGAGUGAUUGACGGAACCCCCUGUGGCCAGGACACAAAUGACAUCUGUGUCCAAGGCCUUUGCCGGCAAGCUGGAUGUGAUCAUAUUUUAAACUCAAAGGCCCGGAAAGAUAAAUGUGGGAUUUGUGGUGGCGAUAAUUCUUCAUGCAAAACAGUGGCGGGAACAUUUAACACGGUCCAUUAUGGUUACAAUACUGUUGUCCGAAUUCCAGCCGGUGCUACCAGCCUUGAUGUGCGACAGCACAGCUUCUCAGGGAAGUCUGAGGAUGACAACUACCUAGCUUUAUCAAACAGUAGAGGUGAAUUCCUGCUCAAUGGAGACUUUGUUGUCUCCAUGUCCAAAAGGGAGGUCCGCGUGGGGAGCGCCAUGAUUGAGUACAGCGGAUCCGACAAUGUGGUGGAAAGACUGAACUGUUCGGACCGUAUCGAGGAAGAACUUCUCCUACAGGUGUUGUCAGUGGGGAAGUUGUACAACCCAGAUGUGCGGUAUUCAUUCAAUAUUCCAAUUGAGGACAGAUCUCAACAGUUUUACUGGAACAGUCAUGGGCCGUGGCAAGCAUGCAGCAAACCCUGCCAAGGGGAGCGGAGACGAAAACUUGUUUGCACCAGGGAGUCUGAUCAACUUACCGUUUCUGAUCAAAGAUGUGACCGGCUGCCCCAGCCAGGACCUGUCACUGAAGCGUGUGGUACAGACUGUGAUUUGAGGUGGCACAUCGCCAGCAAGAGCGAAUGCAGUGCCCAGUGUGGUCUGGGUUACCGUACUUUAGACAUCCACUGUGCCAAAUACAGCAGGGUGGACGGGAAGACGGAGAAGGUGGAUGACAGUUUCUGUGGCAGUCAACCCAGACCAAGCAACCAGGAGAAAUGCUCAGGAGAGUGCAGCACAGGCGGGUGGCGCUAUUCUGCCUGGACAGAAUGUUCUAAAAGCUGUGAUGGUGGCACCCAGAGAAGAAGAGCAAUUUGCGUCAACACCCGCAAUGACGUCCUGGAUGACAGCAAAUGCGCACAGCAGGAGAAAGUCAUCGUACAGAGAUGCAAUGAGUUCUCCUGUCCUCAUUGGAAAACAGGAGAGUGGUCAGAGUGCUUGGUCACCUGUGGAAAAGGACAUAAGCACCGCCAGGUCUGGUGUCAGUUUGGUGAAGAUCGAUUAAGCGAUAGAAUGUGUGACCCCGAGGCCAAGCCGGAGCCCAUGCAGAUGUGUCAGCAGCCAGAGUGCGCAGCCUGGCAGGCGGGUCCCUGGGGACAGUGCAGUGUCACUUGUGGACAGGGAUACCAGCUAAGAGCAGUGAAGUGCAUCAUGGGGACUUACAUGUCAGUGGUCGAUGACAAUGACUGUAAUGCAGCCACUAGGCCAACCGAUACCCAGGACUGUGAACUAUCGUCCUGUCACCCUUCCAUACUGACCCUGGAACCAAGGAGAAAUGUACACGGUGUACCCAGAACCCAGUGGCGAUUUGGGUCUUGGACUCCAUGCUCAGCCACUUGUGGAAAAGGUACCCGGAUGAGAUAUGUUAGCUGCCGGGACGAGGACGGUUCUGUGGCUGAUGAGAGUGCCUGUGCUACCUUGCCUAAACCAGUAGCCAAAGAAGAGUGUUCCGUGACACCCUGUGGACAUUGGAAGGCUCUAGACUGGAGCUCUUGUUCCGUGACUUGUGGGCAAGGUAAGGCAACCCGACAAGUGGUGUGUGUCAACUACAGCGACCACGUGAUCGAUCAGAGUGAGUGUGACCCAGAUUAUAUCCCAGAGACUGAACAGGACUGCUCUAUGUCACCAUGCCCUCAAUGGACUGGCUCGGCUUACCCAUUUCAAAACGAGGAUUUCCGUCCCAGGAGUGACAGCCCUAGCCGUACACACGUGCUUGGAGGAAACCAGUGGAGAACUGGCCCCUGGGGAGCCUGUUCUAGUACCUGUGCCGGAGGCUCCCAGAGGCGAGUUGUGGUGUGUCAGGACGAAAACGGAUACACAGCCACCGACUGCGUAGAGAGAAUCAAGCCCGAUGAGCAAAGAGCCUGUCAAUCUGGCCCGUGUCCCCAGUGGGCUUACGGCAGCUGGGGAGAGUGUACCAAGCGGUGUGGUGGAGGCAUGCGGACAAGACUGGUGGUCUGUCAGCGGGCCAACGGUGACCGCUUCCCAGAUUUGAGUUGUGAAGUCCUCGACAAACCUCCUGACCGUGAACAGUGCAACACACACGCUUGCCCACAAGAUGCUGCGUGGAGUACUGGCCCGUGGAGCUCGUGUUCUGUCUCUUGUGGUCGAGGGCAUAAACAUCGAAAUGUUUACUGCUUGGCAAAAGAUGGAAGCCAUUUAGAGAGUGAUUACUGUAAGCACCUUCCUAAGCCACAUGGGCACAGAAGGUGCCGAGGAGGACGGUGUCCCCGAUGGAAGGCUGGCGCAUGGAGUCAGUGCUCUGUGUCCUGUGGCCAAGGAGUGCAGCAGAGGCAUGUGGGCUGUCAGAUCGGGACACACAAAACAGCCAGAGAGAGUGAGUGCAGUUCAUACAGCAGACCAGAGUCGGAGCGUGUCUGCCAAGUCUCACCAUGUCCUCUCUACACUUGGAGGGCAGAGCAAUGGCAACAAUGCACCAAGACGUGUGGAGAAGGUUCCCGGUACCGGCAGGUGGUAUGUGUGGCAGAGGACCAAAGUGAAGUGCACAGUGCACAUUGUGACUCGGACCAACGGCCUCCAGACCGUGAGAGCUGCAGCCUACAGCCCUGCGAGUACGUGUGGAUCACAGGAGAAUGGUCUGAGUGCUCAGUGACCUGUGGAAAGGGCUACAGGCAAAGGCUGGUCUCCUGCAGUGAGAUUUAUACCGGCAAGGAGAAUUACGAAUACAGCUACCAAACCACAGUGAACUGCCCAGGCACACAGCCUCCCAGCGUCCAUCCCUGCUACCUGAGGGACUGUCCUGUCUCAGCCACCUGGAGAGUUGGUAACUGGGGCAGUUGCUCAGUGUCCUGCGGCCUGGGAGUGAUGCAUAGAUCUGUGCAGUGUUUAACUAACGAAGAUCAACCCAGCCACUUAUGUCCCACUGAUAUGAAGCCAGAAGAAAGAAAAACCUGUCACAAUGUUUAUAACUGUGAGUUACCCCAGAACUGCAAGGAGGUAAAAAAACUCAAUAGCGCCAGUGUUGAUGGGGAAUAUUUCCUGGCUGUCAGGGGAAAACCACUAAAGGUAUUCUGUGCAGGAAUGCGUUCUGACUAUCCCAAGGAGUACGUGACACUGGCCCAUGGUGACUCAGAGAACUUCUCCGAAGUUUACGGGCACAGAUUGCACAACCCAACAGAAUGUCCCUAUAACGGGAGCCGACGGGAUGACUGCCAUUGCCGGAAGGAUUACACAGCUGCUGGCUUCUCCAGUUUCCAGAAAAUCCGAAUUGACCUGACCAGCAUGCAGAUCAUAACCACUGACUUAGAGUUUGCAAGGACAAGUGAAGGGCAUCCUGUUCCUUUUGCCACCGCUGGGGACUGCUACAGUGCUGCCAAAUGCCCACAGGGCCGUUUUAGCAUCAACCUUUAUGGGACCGGGCUGUCCUUAACCGAGUCUGCCAGAUGGACAUCACAAGGGAAUUAUGCCGUUUCAGACAUCAAGAAGUCUCCGGAUGGUACCCGAGUCGUAGGGAAAUGCGGCGGUUACUGUGGGAAGUGUACGCCAUCCUCCGGCACUGGCCUGGAGGUGCGAGUUUCAUAACUAAGGGGCUCUGAAGAGGAAGCCGUAUGAGAUGGAUGAAGGAUAGUAAUUCAAUACCUCCACCUUAAAUUUGGGUGCAUCUGUGUGAGUGUGUGUGGAUCUAUCUGUGUGUGUGUGUGUGAAUGUGUGUGUAUAUGUGUGUACAUAUGCAUAUAUAUAAAUAUAUAUAUUAUAUAUAUAUACAGGUUGAGCAUCCCUCAUCUAAAAAUUUAAGCUCUGAAAUGCUCCAAAUUCCGAAACCCAUUGAGGGCCAGGAUGAGAUCUCAAACUUCAUGCCAUGAAACUUCGUUUCAUACACAGAAUUAUAUUUCUGUCACGCAUGUAAAGGCGUAUAGGGAACACAAACAAGACGCAGAACCCACAUUCUUAGGCAUGUAUUGCUCUCUUCCUGGCUACCCUAUUUCUUAAAACCUAUGCUAAAAUCUCCUAGUAGACUACAGCUCCAUUUAAAAGAAAGAAGCAUAAAUUAAUACCAUGUUUAGACGAGCCCCACCCCCAAGAGAUCUCAUUUUAAAUAGGAAAAACAUCGCCAAGUCUUCAAAACUUCUGAAACACACACUGAUGGUCUCAAGCAUUUCAACGAGGGAUACUCAACCUGCGGAAUCCCCUAAUGAUGUAAAGUUUAAUAUUUAUGUUUGAAAUUAUUUAUUGCGAUGUAAUAUUUUUGUACGUAAAAUGAUUUUAUUGUGACUGCCCACGCAUGAUGCUCCCCCUUGCAGUCAGACCGCUGCAUUUUACGUACUCUACGUUAUAUGUAGUAUAUGACAAAAUGCCUUUUCGUUAUCACGGUACACUGUUGUUUACCUUUUACCUGGAAAUGUGUUUUACUGUUACAUUUUGAAAAUUGUAAUUAUUUUUUUAACAACCUAGCUGACAUCAAGGUGCUACGUGAGUUGAAUAAGGGUAUUUUUGGCAAUUGUGGGACCGUUUCAUUAGCCAAUGUGUAAGUUAAGCAACAUCACAGGUUCUACCGACUUUUAAUCAUAGCCUCUGUUCCGUUUCAUGUGAUCUCUGGGAAGAACUAUGCUGCCUUGGUGCUAAUAUAUUAUGUUUUUAAAGUAAUUGUCAAGAGGAAAAACUGUAAACACUUAACAAAAGGGAGCAAGAGCUAGACAAUUCCCAAUGGAUAAAAUCGCUUGCCCCAGUAAGGCCCCCUAUUUACGCUUCUUUUUAGACCUGUCUCUUUUUUUAUAAUAGCUGGACUCUUUUCUUACUUACCGUUGUUGUUGGGAAUAUGUUCUACUCUGGUCCAUGGUGCCUUGGACUCCUUUCAAUCACUGGAAGGGUCCACCAAUAGCUUCAUUACAGAGUAACACUGGGAAAGGAGGCUCUCCUGCUGAUUUGUCACGAUAUCCUCCAAGUUUAUGAGCAGCAAGACAAAGGAUAUACCAGAGGAGCAUGGCCGGGCCUUAACACGCCUCUGCAUACUCACAGCCUUCAGCACCCCCCGGCAUAUUUGGAGAAUGACAGGAGAUCGACCACCUUUUACCUGAAAACUUUGGCCAAUGAUAUGACGUCCCUUGAGGCUGGUAGCCUAAUACCCUGCCGGGUUUCCUGUGGUCUUCAGCGUUUGUGUGAAAAACAAACUGGUGUAUGAGAUGCCCAGGUCUUUCUGAUCUUCCAGGAAUCCACCUUUUGUUACUCCUUUCAGGAAUGAACAUGCUGGAGGCAGUGGUCACAGGCAUUUUACUUGAGAAAGUCUGCCCAAGCUUUCCAAGACCAAAGAGAUUAGGAAAACCCUGACAGUAUUCUCCAACUCCACAGAAAUGCCAGAGCACUUGGUGUAUGAACAAGUGUCAUUUUUCUAUUGUUAAUACAUGUGAAACAUAUUAUGAAUAAAUAUUGUGACCACAUCCAAACCAUAGAUGCUUCUCUUGGCUUCUGGACUCUUGAUUAAAUUUCAAAUAUGAA